AUGCUUCUGGCGUUUUUCGACAUCUUCGUAUCAAUGGCGUACAUCAUGCUGAUGUCAGUGAACGUGUUAUCCGAUGUGUUGAUGUCGCCAGUUCUUGUCAGUGUCUGGUACACGUAUAUGAUACCAAUUCUUACCGUAUCCCAUAUUGCAAUGACGUCAUCUUCUUUUCUCAUUGUUGCUGCGUCGUUUGAAAGAUAUUGUGCAACAUUGAACUCACCGUAUUUAAGGUUUGCGCAGAGAAACCGAUCAUUCCUUGCACUAUGUGCAGUUUUUCUGGGAGUUGUGAGUAAAGGAACGAUUUCAAUUGAGUUUGAGCUAGUCCAUCACGAACAAUGUAUCGGUCAAAUGAUGGCGACCACGAUGAAGUUCCGCCCAUUUGUCUUUGAGACCCAAUACCAUUACCUCUUUCGUUUCUGGUAUCGAAACUUUGUGACAGUCUUCGCACCAUUCUUUAUUCUUCUCUAUCUGAAUAUUCGAAUAGUAAAGGCGCUAACCACAUACACCACCGCUACAGUAUGCCUAGUAACUAAUGGAAACAGUGAGGACUUGCAGAAAAGAAAGGCAAGUGCUCGUGCAGCAACUCGGACAUUGGUAAUGGUUGGGUGCUGUUAUAUCGUGUCAAAUAUCAUCAAUGUGAUACUAACUUCAUUGGAACAGACUAAUAACGAGUUGGCUGAUGAUCAUCCAGACCUCUACAUUGUCCUAAUUGACUUGGUGUCCCUCCUCACCACAAUGGCGUGUGCCGCACGCCUCCCCAUCUACCUUUACUGUCAACCAGUUCUCCGUCGUGAGAUAUUUCUGCGAUUCAAGCGACUUUGUGUUCCAUGUAGUUCAUCGUCCCCUGAAAAACUUGGCGAGCGAUUGAAAUCCGUUGAGACAGACACCAGUUUUUUGAGUAGAGGUGAAGCAACUAACUCGGAAUGCAUUCCAAUUUCUGAAGUGACGGGCGCUAAGAAAUCUCCGACAAAGUGCUGUCUACAUUCUCCAUAUGAAACACUUCUGUGA